CUUUAACCUACAAUGGCGAUGCCCAUGCUGGUAAUCAGAGUGAAUGCCUGGCUCGGUGUCUCUGAAACUCCGGGGUUGUUCUAGCUGUCCCUCCACAGACGAAGGAUGUCCAAGCUCUCUCGGGCAACGAAAGCCGUGAGGAAGGUGGAUUCUGGAGGGCUAAUCCAAGCCAUCGUCCGCUCUGGCCAGGCUGCCCCGGGACCACCGCUCGGCCCUAUACUCGGUCAGCGAGGCAUUCCCAUCGGGCAGUUCUGCAAGGAGUUUAACGAGAGGACCAAGGACAUCAAAGAGGGGAUCCCGUUACCUGUGAGGAUCUCCGUCAACCCUGACCGCACCUACGAACUGAAGAUCAGCAAGCCCACAGUUUCCUACUUCCUGAAGGCAGCAGCGGGUAUCGAGAAGGGGGCUGGGAGGACAGGUCACGAGGUGGCGGGCGUGGUGACCGUGAAGCACAUUUACGAAAUCGCCAAGGUGAAGUCUGAGGACGAGAGCUUCCAACUGCAGGACAUGUCGCUGAGGGACGUGUGCAAAAGUCUGAUUGGGACGGCCCAGUCCCUCGGCAUCAAGGUGGUCCGAGACCUCUCAGCCGAGGAGUACGCCAGCUUUCGGGAGCAGAGGGAGGAGCAGCUGAAGGCAGAAGCCUCCUCCCUCGAGGCGGCCGCCGCCAAGAAGAAGUAGCAGCCGGCGGUCCGACGUGGCGGGAGGCUUCAGGAGAACAAGUCCUGACCCCAGCGUUGGGCACGCUGAAGUUCAAGGAUUGCAUCGUUCGCCAAGUGGAACAGCGUUCCUCCGGACCGAGGCGGACAACACAGUACAGAUAACUCACGUGCACAGCGCAUAAAGUGGUUUUACCGCAAAUAAAUUAACUGAUGAUAA